CUCGACCUCGGUGGCGAAGAUCGCGAGAUCCGCAACGGUUGCGCGCAUGGCCCAGCGUCGACCGUCCACGCUGCGCACCGCCGAGCCGCCCGCCGAGUUGCCGCAUGCAUUCGCCGCCAUCUCGACGCCCGCCGACCACCACGCGCGCGAAAACGAGUUCGAACAAGAGACGCGGGUGCUAGUAUCGAACAAGAAGAUCAAGCGAUCGAAGCACCCGAGUGCGAUGCGCGCGGCCAACUACGUCGAGGACCCGACGCCGCUCAUCCUCAAGGCCUGCGAGGCGCCGGUCGGCCGGUCGCUCGCCGAGACGUUCAAGCUCAAGAAGGCCAAGGACUACACCGUGCACCAGUUUGGCCUUAUCCAGGAGCGCGUGGGCAUGCACCCGCGCACGCUCAAGUUUGAUGCCGAGUACGAGGUCGGGUACCUCGCGUAUGUACAAGAAUCAAGCGUCGUCCGCGUGCGCCUCACGUUCAUCGUCGGGUCGCUCUUCCUCGGCGCGCUCCUCGCGUACGAAGCGCACCUCGACUUGUUCCGUCGCCGCGCCGGCAUUCCGCCGCCGCUGCCCGAAGGCGAGCUUCCGGACACGAACCGGCUCGUGCUCUACAUUCUCUCGUUCGGCGUCUCGGUGCCGGCGUUCUUCAUUGGCUUCCUCCUCACCUUCUUCGAGUCCAUGCACAAGCGCAUCGAGCGCAUCACGUUCGCCGUCUUCUUCGUCGUCGCCAUGACGCUCAUCUUCAAGAAGCCCGUGCAGGCGCAGACCGGCCCGGUGCUGCCGCUCAUGAUCCUCAUCAUCCCGAUCUUUGGCAUCACGCGCAUGCGCUUCCUGCACAGCUGCGUGCUCGGGUGGACCAUCUUCUUCACGUACCUCCUCGUCCAGGGCGUCUCGCUGCACUGGAUGGACCCGAUCCCGUACGGCAACGGCAAGACGUGGAAGUACGACAACAUCUCGGACAUCAUCUACCAGACGAUCAACUACGGCAUUGCGAUCAUCGGCGGUAUGGUGUCGCACUACCGCCAGGAGCUCAUUCGCCGGCGCAACUACGCCCUCAAGCUGCCGUUCACGGGCCUCGACGACGACGAGCCCCUAGACCUCUUUGGCAAGAGCUACUCGGAGGAGCACCUCAUGGACACGUGCAACUUGAGCUUCCGCAACCACGACGUCGAAGAGGCCUUCUGCCGCAUGUGGUACCUCAUCGACCCGCACCCAUACGAGAACCCGAACCGCGGCGACAUCCACGAGAACGUCUACAUGACGAUCCGCUUUGCAGUCCUCGGCGUCUUCCUCUCGCAAGUGGUCCUGGGCAUCCAGGACAUCAAGCUCCUCUUCAUGAAGGACUUCAAGUUUGAGUACAGCAUGGCGGUCAUUGUUCGCUUUGCGAUCGUCGUGCCGCUCUACCUGCUCAGCUUUUACUUCAUGUACCUCCUCGGCCGCAAGUACUUUGAGAUGUACUUGCGCAAAGCCAGCAACGUCGUCGACGAGAGCGGGACCGAGAGCGAUGUCGAUGCCAACCACGUAACCAUCGCGAUCCUCGAGCAGAAGCGGGCGCUGCCGCCGAGCCAGUCGGUGAAGGAGCGGCUGACCAAGCAAACAGAGGCGCUCGUUGCGACCAAGGGCGGCUACGUGCGGUCGGCGCAAAUAUUUGCGACCGGCGUCCUUGUGCUGCAGAUGGGCGCGACGAUGGUGCUGCUUCUCCAGGUCGGCCGGAGCUUCAUCGUGACGCACUCGGACAAGCAGCUCAGUGCGACCAAGCCCAACGUGUACUUCAUGGGCUUCCUCAACGCGAUUCUGUUCGCCCACCGGUCGGGCUUCAAGGUGCGCUACGUGUACGCUGCGCGCGUCUCGUGGGCCAUGGUCCUCCUCUUCGUCUUCUUUGCGUCGCACUACUUGACUUAUGCGCCGUGGCCCUAUCUCUGGGCCGAGUACUCGUGCUACCUCGUGGCGGUCCAGUUCCUCGGCAUGAUGAUCUCGCACGAAGAAGAGUCGCUGCGCCGGUCCUUCUUUGUCCUCAAGUCGAUGCGCAUGCUCGAGUUUGAAAAGUGGUUUGCCGGUGUCCUCCGCAUUCAAAAGGGCGUCCGCAAGUUCCUCGCUCGCCACCGGUCGUCGCAGCGCUCGCCACCACCGCCGCCGCCUGUCGAGCGGGUCGCCCACGCCCAGAGCUUCCUCGCGAUGGCCUCCAAGAUGGGCGUCCAGGCCCAAGCGAUCCAGAUCGCUGUCGUCCUCUUUGACGUCCUAUAUUCCGUCGCCACUGCCUAAGCCUUAAUGCAAGAUGGACCAAAACAGAGAACCGAUUAGUCGU